AUGAGGUCCGUCACCGCGUUCCUGAUCUUUCUCUGCUGUGUCGGAUUUAUAGCAUGCAAACCCUCGCCGCCCUGUCCGAGAGGACAGUUUUUGCUGAAGAACCAGUGUGUCCUCUGCCAUCCCACCUGCUCUGAGUGCGACGGGCAUGAGCUGUUUGAAUGCACUACCUGUGGAGUUGAUGAAGAUGGACAGGAACGUUUCCUCCACCAAGGUCGCUGUCGGACACACUGCCCCCGGGGACUCUAUCCUGACAGGGGUCACUAUGCCUGCCUGCCCUGCAUAGCCAAUUGUGAACUCUGCACAGAUGGCAACAUAUGUGCCAAAUGUCGGGAACACUACAAACUCCAGAAUGGGGUCUGCCAAACGGCGUCCUGUGACAUAGGGCAGGUGCAGGACCCUGAUACAGGGGAGUGCAUCAACUGUGAGGUGGGCUGCAAAGCAUGUUCCACAGAAGACCCUGAAAUCUGCAACAGCUGUAUUGAAGGUUACUUUCUUUUCAGACACCAGUGUCGCAGGCACUGCCCCCAAAGCACCUAUGAGGACUGGGGCAGGGGUGUGUGUCUGUCCUGUCCAGCACCAUGCACAGACUGCAGGAGUAACACACGCUGCCUUGCCUGCCAGCCUGGUUACUUCCUCAAUGGAGGUGAGUGUAUUAAACAGUGUCCACAGCAAACUUUCAGUGACUCCAGUGGGUGGCGCUGCCAGCCUUGUCACAGUUCAUGCCAGACAUGUCACGGACCUCGAUCGACAGACUGUGAACUUUGUCUUGGUGGGAACCCUUCUCUACAUGGACAGUGCCCUUUGGUUAACUGCCCAUUGGGACAAUACUUUGACGGGAAAUAUGGUGAAUGUCACACUUGUGAUGCAUCCUGUAAGACCUGCUUUGGCCCUCAACCACUAGAUUGCUCUUCUUGCUUCAAAGGAUAUUUCCUGGACCAGGAUAGUUCUUGUGUAAUGCAGUGUCCAUCCGGCUCCUAUGCAAACUCUGCCACUCAGCUGUGUGAGGACUGCUCACCAAACUGUGAGGCCUGCAUGGGCACCAGUGAUAACUGCAUCAGCUGUUCCAAAGGCAGCUAUAAACUUUUUCUCCACCACGGGAGAUGCUGGUCAAAUUGCCCUGAAGGUUUCUUUGAGACAGCUGAGGGUUCAUGUGAAACCUGUGACAGCUCCUGUCUGACAUGUGAUGGGACCAAGUCCCAAUGUCUGUCCUGUGCUGACGGCCACUACUUAGAGGGUGGUACGUGUAGACUCAACUGUUCACUGCGGACAUACCCUGCAGAUGAUGGUACCUGCAGACGCUGUCCUCCCCACUGUGACAUUUGCUCAGAUGACAGGACCUGCUUCAAAUGUAGUUUCCUCUACAUGAUGCUGAAUGGUGCGUGUAAAGCUAGCUGUCCCAUGGGCUAUUAUGAGGAUAUGGAGGAGGGCCGUUGUGGUCAGUGCCAUCCUACCUGUGCCAGCUGUUCAGGGCCCUUAGCAGAUGACUGUGAGACGUGCUCAACGUUUAGCCCAAAACUCUACAAGGGUACAUGCUCAAAGGACUGCGUCACUGGUACUUACUAUGAAACUGAAGCUAUGGAAUGUCAAGAGUGCCACCAGACGUGCAUGAGCUGUUCCGGCCCAGAUGCAAACCAGUGCACUCAGUGCGAGAAGGGACUCGUGUUGGAUCCAAACACAUUGUUGUGUGGGGUGACAGGUGACACAGACUGCCCACCGGGGUCCUACCUACACGAUGACCAGUUCACCUGCAUGGGUUGCCACCGGCACUGUUACUCUUGCGAGGGGCCGGGGAACGAUGAAUGCCAGACAUGUGCCGUCCCCAGAUACCUUCAUAACAGCACCUGUGUGAGCGAGUGUCCAGCUGGUACAUACAACACACGGCAAGAAGCAGACGGAAAGGAGCUGGGAUUCUGUUUGCCUUGUGACCACGUCUGUUCCAUGUGCACUGGGGCAUCGCCUAGAGAUUGCCUCACUUGUUCUCCAGGAUACCUGCGCCUUCUUGAACUCUGUGUCACCCAUUGUCCCUCAGGGUAUUACAAAGAAGGGUCUCGCUGUGAGAAAUGUGACCAGUCCUGUGAGCUGUGUACGGGACCAGGACCUGAGUCCUGCAGGGCCUGUCCACCACCUCUUCUGGAGCUGAAAGGCACCAAGCUGUGUGUUGAACGCUGCCCACCCCGCUUCUAUCGAGUCAAUGACAUCUGCCAACAGUGCCACACCAGCUGUCUGACCUGCACAGAUGCCUCGCCUCAGAGCUGCCUGACGUGUGACUGGGGCAGCACUCUAAAGGACAAAGUCUGCUAUCCACGUUGUGAGGAGGGGCUGUACUUUUCAGAUGAGGAAACCUGUGACCCAUGUGACAGCUCAUGUAGACAUUGUACCGGCCCCAGACCUGACCAGUGUCUGACUUGUCACCAUGGUUCUGCUCUCCAUGCUGUGGAGAACCGCUGCACCCGCUGCUGUCAGGCAGGGGGGAAUGAUACUGACUGCUGUGUUUGUGACAGCCGCUCAGCUCUGUGUGUGGAGGCCCCCCAACCCAAGUCAGGGGACGACCAGGUAACAGACCUGAACAUGUCAUCCAGAGCUCUAAAUCACACCUCAGCUGCCUUACCUAUUUCCCUGCUGCUGGCACUGGGGUUGGCUCUGGCUGUAUUUGCUUUGGUCAAAGCUUAUUCAAGGAAAAGGCUUUGCUGGAGCCAAAGCUAUGAAAGACUGAGUGGCAGUGCCAAUAUCAACAUGCCCCACGGCGUGCCUGAGCCGGACAGCGGAGAUGAGGUGGACGUGGUGUACACAAGUAGAGGUGGAUCCGUCUAUCGACGCUACAGCUUCAUUCAAGAACAGGACACUGAUGCAGACCAGGGUGUGGAUGAAAGCACUUGUCUCAAUCAGUCUUAGAUACAUCCAAAUCAGAGCUUACAGUAACUGAGGAAUGUAUUGUGGAUGCCCACAAUAUAAAGACUGACAGGUGAAUUCAAAGAAGCAUAGUUAAUGUUUAGAAGAGAAUGUAGUGGUGUGUUUCUCUAUGAGUUCUGGUUAUUUUAUUCUACAAAGUGCCUGUACCUUUAUAAUGCACAUUCUUAGAUUGAAGCAUUUGUGACUGAAAAAGAAAGAAAGAAAGAAAUACAUAUAUUUGUGCAUAUGUAUGUAUAGGACUUUUUCUUUUUUUACUUGAUAUUAAAGAGGUAUUUGUGUAAUAGUGAAAUUACCACGUGUAACUGAAAUCUGCAUGAUUUGUUGUAAACAGAAAUUCAAAUGAAAUAAAUUCUGCCAAACAGCCUCAGUACACUUUAAAUACUGGCUACAUUACUGUGUAAUUCCGACAAUAUCUGCUCUCAUGUCUAUAUUCUAUUGCCCUUACGUUUAUAUUUUGCUCGUUUACAUCUUUUAUUGCUCUUUUAUGGCUUAAACUGUGACCUGAUUUCGUACCAUACAUGUAAAUGUACUGGUAUGACAAUAAAAGUUCCU